AUGAAGGCAGCCAACAACAACGGCUUCUAUCACUUUAUCCCUGCCGAUGUGUCCGAUCUUCGUAAGGUGGAUACAGUCUGCCAGGACCUGAAAUCCAAGGUUGUAGCUCUGGAUCUCUUGUUUCUUACGUCUGGAGGCAUUGCUUUCAGCAAGAAAGGUAAGAGAAGACACUGUAUCCCAGAAAACUUCCACUCCAGACAGACUAAGCCAAGCACAGAGACUGACGCGAAGAUCGACAUCAACCAUAUCCUUCGGUACUACAGCCGCAUGCGUUUCAUCUUCAAUCUUCUCCCUACUCUUGAAAGCGCCAAAUUUCCCCGUGUUGUCAGCAUUCUCGCUGGGGGUAAGGAAAUCAAGAUCGAAGAAGACAAUCUGGACCUCCAUAAGGAGUUCUCUCUUUCUACUAGCAACGGCUACCCAGCGUCCAUGACGUCUCUCGCAUUCGAGACCCUUGCCUUCGACCACCCAUCGAUCAGCUUCCUCCACGUCUUCCCCGGCAUUGUAGCAACACCGGUUCUGAAGAAUAGCAUGGGAUCCGUUGUCGGCUCCAUCAUGGGCUUCCUGAUCAAGCCCAUCUCCAUUUCCAUGUCUGAUUCUGGAGAGUGGCAGACUUGGCUUUCUACCUCCGCAGAGUUUCCUUCCAAGAAGAACUCCACGAAUGCAUCCGCCAGUGGUUACUACAUUCUCAACCAUAAUGGAAAGGACGCAACCAACAAGGCCUUGAUGGCACAGCUCCGGGAGAAGGGGUUCCCCUCUAUUGUUUGGAAGCACACCAUUGCCAUUUUUGAUCGUAAUUGUGCUUAA